AUGGACGAGCUCAACUUGCUUUUCAAUCCCCUGCUCACUGAAGACCAUAACCGCGACGACUCUUCGUAUUGGGCUGCCUUUUUCGGUUACUCCGAGGAAGGCAUCAGCGGUCUCAACGCCAACAUCCCGACGUUCUCAGAGCCGGACUGGCUCGAUCCGAACUGGCGCGAACCGUCGCGUCCCGAGUCCAGCCUCCCAGGCUAUGCCGUUGCCGAUUCCCUCGCCACCGACGGCACCUCGGCAUUCUCGUUGCCCCCCGUCGACGACAGUCAGAGAGAAGAGGCAAGCGACGCCGUCGUUCUAGUCCCGAAGCCGCAGCCGCAUCUGCAGCCGCAGGCCAACAACAUCAUCAUCGACGCCUUGCGGAGGCAGCCGAUGCCGAGCACCUCGAACCCCCUCUCGCAGCACUCCAUGGCCGACGGUCGACCCGGCCGAGCCCUCUCGUACGGCGGCUUCCCGCUUGCCCAGCACUCUAACUACCACGAAGGCACAUUGCUUGGCGAGUCCCUGAUGGCGAACCCAUCAUUCAGCGCCAUCCCCAUGGGGCAGUGUUCCAACUUUGGCGCGUCGGUCCCCCACGACUAUCUGAUGGGUAACUUCUCGUACGAGGGCAACAACAACAACAACAACAAUAACAACCGCCCGGUCUCUUGGGAUCCCAACUUUCUGGAGAUGCCGCCCGCCCAGUCAGCGACGGACGACUACUCGUCCUAUAUGAGCAACCCCUUCCUCGGUCAGUAUUCCAGCUUCACGGAGAUGCUGCUCGACGACGCUCCCAUGGAAAACUUCUCGUACAGUAACGACGGCACCAACACCGAGAACAACCCCCUCCAAGUCUCUCACAGUCGUCACAGCCCCGUGAACACGACACUCGUCGAGUCUCCGAUGAGCAGAUUAUUGUACGGUAGCAGCCCCCCGUUCCUCCAGGGUCACUACUCCAUGGAGGGGGCGCCCACCCAGUCUCCGAUGCACAGAUCUCCGAUGGAGUCUCCGAUGGACGCCUUCUUCUUCCCCAACUCCUCGCUCCGUCAGCCCUCGAGCUCCACCGAGACGUCGUCCACCGAGUCUCCACCGGGCAACCUCGAUGCCUACAACGAUCCCUGGCGCGCCCAGCCGUCCAACUCCGCGAGAGCGUCGCUCGCCGACCCCCCGAUGGGCCGCCUGUCGCGCUUUAACGAACUCUUGCCCGUCUCCCAGCAUCACGACCUGGCGGACCCUGCCGUCUACGAGUUCCUGACAGGUCAAGGCCCGGCGGGCUGGUACGACAACAUCCCAUUCUGCCAGCCCUCCGACGCCAACCAGGCACCGCCCGCCGUCCAGCAUCCAGACCCUGAAAAGCAGGCGGCGGCGAGCAAGAGGGAGGAGAGGGUCAAGUGGUCAGACAAGGCUCUCUCGGAGUGGACCAUUCUCGGAUCAGACGCCGCUGAUGCCCCCUGCUCUGCCCCGGCAGCGGCCUCGGCCACGGCCCCAUCCUCUGCCGCUAUUGUCGGCCCGCAGCGUUCCCUGGAAGAGUCUGAGCCCGCUGCCGCCGAGUCUGACCAAACUUACACGAGCAUCCCCUGCCAGGAUCCGGGAUCCAGAUACAGACCCGGACACAUCAUGCGCCUUCGCGAGCGGAAGAAAGCCGACGGCGGCUCCAAGGACGCAACGGCGGCGGCAAGCUCCCCAAGGACCCAGAUGGAGUGGUGCCACUACCUGAACGAGAACACGGAGUACCGCGAGGCAGACGUGCUCCCUUCGCUGCCGCCCCGCCCGUCUGCGCCCGUAGGAUACGACUCCACGGCAUCCUUCGCGCCGAGUGAGGAAUCUCGGCUCACAUACGCCAGGUUCUGCCCCGACAAGGGGGCCCCCGCCGACGACGUCCCCGACAACCCCGACUCCUCCGACUUGCCCAGUCUCCGCCGCGUCGUAGCCGAAUUCGCCAAGGAAGAGGGCUUCGACCUUGAUGACUCGGCCGAGACCCUGCCCCAGAAGCGCGGCCGAUCGGUGGAGACGGAGUCGGACGCAGAGCCGCAGACGGAAGUGGAGACGGAGCCGCAAACAGAGGCUGAGGCGGAGAGAAGAUACUACCUGCGAGGCCCCGGAAUCCAGCAUGGCCGGCGUAUCCAGAACGAUGGCGGCGCGCUGGGCUCGCCAACCCGCAAACGCCGCCGUCCCCGCAGCAGCAGGGGUUUGGGUGGUGGAACAGGCAACGGAAGCGCCUAG